CUGUGGCUGUCGGUGGUGUCCGAGGUGCUGUACAUCCUCCUGCUGGUGGUCGGCUUCAGCCUCAUGUGUCUCGAGCUCUUCCACUCCAGCAAUGUCAUCGACGGGCUCAAGCUCAACGCCUUCGCAGCUGUCUUCACGGUGCUGUCCGGCCUCCUGGGAAUGGUCGCCCACAUGAUGUACACACAGGUGUUCCAGGUCACCGUGAGCCUCGGCCCUGAAGACUGGAGACCCCACUCCUGGGACUACGGAUGGUCCUUCUGCCUGGCGUGGGGGUCCUUUACCUGCUGCAUGGCAGCCUCCGUCACCACACUCAACUCCUACACCAAGACGGUCAUUGAGUUCCGGCACAAGCGCAAGGUCUUUGAGCAGGGCCACCGGGAGGAGCCAACCUUCAUAGACCCUGAGGCCAUCAAGUACUUCCGGGAGAGGUUCGAGAAGGGGGAUGGGCUCGAGGAGGAGGACCUUCACUUAGAUUGUCGCCACGAGAGACACCCUGCCCGGGGCUUCCCCUACCUGCGAUCACAGAAGGAGGGCAGUGCCAGGGGGCUUCUGCGAUCACAGAAGGAGGGAAGUGCCUGGGGAGCUCCCUGCGUGGGCUCGCUCCAGGCCUGUGUUUGGCCUGGUCCCCUGCAGGGUGAACAGAUCCGGGUAGUGGGUUUCGCAGCCCUCCCGGGGCUGGCCGCCUUCCUUCUGUGCACCCUGCACCUCCUUAACAUCACGCACGCCCCCAUCCCUACCGCAAGGUCUGCUGGGGGAGGCUCACACUAA